UAUGAAGCAAUCUUUCUUCAUGUUGUCCCUUUUAAUAGACGGUCCAAAGUCACCUGGUAAUGAUAUCGAUGUCUACUUACAACCCUUGAUUGAUGAGCUCAACACUUUAUGGGAAGAUGGUAUCGAUACAUAUGAUGCGGCAAAUGAUGAAACCUUCAAGUUGAGAGAUGCCAUUUUGUGGACAAUCAAUGACUUCCCUGCAUAUGGUAUGUUAUCAGGUUGGAGCACUAAAGGGUAUACUGCAUGUCCUACUUGUUAUACUAACCAUGGUUCCAUAUACUUACCUUGUAGCAGAAAAUGUGUGUAUUUAAGACAUCGCCGCUUUCUAUCGACCAAUCACACAUGGAGAAAUGAUAGGAAAAAUUUCAAUGGUAAAGUGGAGAAAGAUACUGCUCCUAUUUCAUUAUCUAGACAUGAUGUAUUAAAUUAGUGGCAAAAUAACAAUAAUGUGGCAUUUGGAAUUUUUUUUUUGAAAAGCACCAACACCAAAAGGUUGGAAAAAAAGAGUAUUUUCUUUGAACUACCAUAUUGGAAAACAUUAUUGGUGCGUCACAACCUAGAUGUUAUGCAUGUUGAGAAAAAUGUUUGUGAUAACAUAUUGAGUACUCUAUUAUGUCGAGAUGGAAAAACAAAAGACAAUCUUAAUGCUCGUAGAGAUUUGCAAAUUUUAAACAUUAGAAAGCCUUUGCAUCCUAAAGAGAUAGCUAGUAGAGCAGGAAAGUUUGUAUUACCUCAUGCAUCCUAUAGCAUGAGCAAAGAGGAAAAAAAGAUUCUUAAAAGUUUUGAAUGACUUAAAACUUCCUGAUGAUUUUUCUUCAAACUUCUCAGGACAAGUUCAGAUUCGAGAAAGCAAGAUCAUUGGCUUGAAGAGUCAUGACUAUCAUGUUUUGAUGCAACAACUCCUUCCAUUAGCCAUGAGAACAUCACUUAGAAAUGAUGUAGGUCUUGUUUUGAAUGACUAUUGUAGCUUCUUCAGAGAAUUAUGCUCUAAGGUCAUUGAUGUACAUUUGAUAGAAAAACUUGAGCAAAGUAUUCCUAUUAUUCUAUGCAAGCUUGAAAGGAUUUUCCCUCCAACGUUCUUUGAUAUCAUGGUACAUUUGACUGUCCAUUUAGCGAAAGAGGCUAAGCUCGCAGGACCGGUUCAAUAUCGUUGGAUGUACCCUAUUGAGAGGUAUUUUCUUACACUAAAGAACUAUGUACGAAAUAGAAGCCGCCCAGAAGGUUCAAUUGCUAAGGGGUACUUGAUAGAGGAGGCCACAAUAUUUUGUGCACGUUACCUUGAUGAUGUGGAGUCAAAACUUAAUCGACCAAUACGACUUCAAGAAGGUCCCCUUGGUACAAGAAAGAGUAAAAAACUAUCGGCCUCAAAAUUGUACCAAGCAUAUCGCUUUAUACUUAAACUAUCGGCCUCAAAAUUGUACCAAGCAUAUCGCUUUAUACUUGAUAAUAUGAAAUCAAUACACCCAUAUCGAGAGUUAUAUGAUAAACUUGUAAAGCAAAGACAUUCUCAUUGGGACAACCGCCAAGUCCAAGUUGAAGGACAUAAAAAUUUCGUUGACUAGUUUAGAUCUCAUGUAAGCUUUCAAAACUACUUUACUUAAACUUUAUAAUUUUUCAUAAUAUCAAUUUCUAAUGCAUUUAUUACUUUGUCAUAGAUUAAUACGUUAAAGAGACAAAAUGUUCAUUUAGAUGAGGAAGUGAUCAAUCUCGCUUUUGGU